AUGCUGAAGCAAGGUGUGGACGACACACAGGACUUUUUCACGUUAAAGGAUAUAUGCUUUGAUUGUUGGCGUGCGUUGGUGUUCCACAAUGAGGGGUUCCAGAAUUUAGAGGAUAUUCUGGAACACCCUAAACUGCACCAACGCUUUGAGCAACUGUGUACAUUCGACCGCAGUGAUGGAGCAACCUGCAGAUUCUGCAGCGCUUCCACACUGCCUGCAGCAGUCACGGUCAAGGAUGACGUUCUGUUCGAGCCUAAUGAGGCCCUCCGGACGAUAAAUUUUGAUGGGUGGAAUCUUGAGAACCUCUUCUCGAACACAGCUGUAGCAGCUGAGACCUGCGCAGCCCCGAAUAAAAUAGUGUCGAGAGAGUGCACUGUUUCAAGGGGAUUUAACCUCUGCGUUCUGGCCGUGCACUUUGCACGCACGUUCGGACGUGAUAAGAGGUAUCCUGCAACAUUCGCAAAAAAUUGCAUAAGACUGAACCUCACAGAAAAUGCAGUGGCACAUUUCAAUAGCAUGUGGCGUAGCAGAAUAGCUAUAGCAUCUAAUUUCGUGAGAGAAACUUCCGCCAUCACCUCAGAUGCCGAUGAUCUUACGUUACUCAUACGCGCCUACUUCGACAACGCAGACAAUGCAGUGAAACCAAACCUUGAGAUAUACGAAAAACGUCUGAAGGCUGUGAUUAUAGGUAUACUCGAAAACGAAUUUGAUACAUUCGUGUCGGAUUAUCAACCUCUGUUCCGCUAUAUCGACCGCAUAUACCACGAAGACAAGCUCCUCUUCGAGCAACUUCUGCGUAUACAGAUACACGUCUCCUUCGAUGUGCAUGAUCGGCUCAAAAUCACGCAAUUCGACAUGUCUCGAGAUGUAGUCACCUUUGCUGGUUUUUACAACAAAUUUGCAAGAGGACUUAGUCAGACUGUGUGGACUCUCGAUAGAAGUGUAAAGAGCGACCUUUCGGUGGAAGAAUGCUUGUGUUUACCAUUGCUUACGCUGUGCAAUGCUGACGCGUAUAAGUUUAUGGCAUCUGGCAGGGAAGACUGUGACGUAAGGACAACAGGCACCGGGAGGAAAUUUUGUGUGGAAGUAUACAAUUGCAAAAGAGAUCUUUUCCUGGUUUACGAACUCAUCCAUAAACUCGGGCGAAAGACUGCUAUGUCUCACGACCACAACCAUGAGGAAUCAUGCCAGCAUAUCGCGUGUCUGGGUGAACUCGAAAAGGUUAAAGAUGGCUUGCAAGUCAGUGUCACAGGUGGACCGAGGGACCACUACUUUUUACUUGCGGGGAAGCAAUCCGAUGAUCAGGAGGCAACUCAUCGCAUUACUAUCGCAGGUGUGCCCAAAAUGUCUCUAACCGAAGCAUUCGACGGUGGCUCAUAUGACGGCGCGGCAGUACCGAGCGCUGCGUGCUUCUACGGGAUACGGGUGGUGUUCAAUAGCAAAACAGAAAGACAGAUCGUACAACGCGACGCCGAAAACAAAAACAAAAUGUAUUCGUGCGUAGUUAUCGCUGAAGAACCAAUAACGCUAGAGGACUUAAAGGCGCUGCCACAAGGGCCGAUCACCAUAUCGCAGUGCAAUCCCAUACGCACCAGCCAUCGCAAAAGCCAAUGUAAAAGAGAGCGCCAAAUACAUCGCAUCAGUGCUGAACCGAUACAUCCAAGAAUGUUUCUGCUACACCUCACAACGCAAGCUGGUAAGAGUGGCGUACUAAAUCAUCUAAAUAACGCAGGUACAUAUAUCAAAGAAUUUGUGAGCGGCGAUUUCGGUCGGACGACGCCAUCAAUAAAAGCGAUGCUUGGAGGAAAAACUGUGUACGUUGCACACUUGGACGUAGUGGAUUUCUCGUAA